AAAUUACUAGUUAAACAAUAUAUACCUUGCUCUUAACCUUUAAAUUUAUUUGAACGUUAUAAGAUCUUCACAGCAAAUUUUCGCUAAAUAAAAAUUUCUAUGUAAAAGGGAUAAGAAAAACACUUGUUGACAGCUUUCGUGAAAUAAGUUAGAUGUGAGGCGCUUGGCGCCUAAAAUGCGACUACAAUAAUUAAGCUGUGUGGCAAAAUGUGAGCGAGCGCUACUACUAGUUGUGUUACGAUGGCUGGAUGAGAACUUAAAAACACAAAUACUUAGAAUAAGGUAGCAAACAAGCAAACACACAACGUCGACUUUCCGCCACUUUUCUAGUGUUUUUUUUUUCUCAUUGGCUUGUUGACAAUUGAACGUUGAGCUAUUGAUAAUUAUUUUUGCCGUUCAUUUCAUCAUAGGAAAUACAUAAGCCUAAGCACAUACACACCCAUACACGCAAAUAUAUUUUAUUCCACUUUCCAGAAAACCUAUAUAUAUACUGCAACAAAUAUUUAACGUGUUUUAGCCUAAUUAAAUUAGGCCCACACAUCUGUCAUCAUAUUUUUAUUGUUGUAGUGGCUAUAUAAAUUUCAGCACCCCAUGGUGAGUGCUUUCAAAACGCAGCGACAAUUUCGCCUAAACAGCUGUCCGUAGCUGUCAAGUGCUGGGAGCAAAUAUUAACAAAAAUAAGGAUAAUUUUAAUCGCUUCUUUUGGUGUAGACAAUUUUCGUGGAAUAAUUUGUGCACACUAAACCGUUAAGCGCUUAUCGCGCAAUACUUCGGCAGCGUGUACGCAUAAACCGGAUAACGAAAAACGCUGUCACAAAACGGUCGCUAUUAUUCUCGCGGAAGUAUCGCUUAGUUUGGUGUUGUUGUUGUAGCUGUUUUGCGUGCGCGUGGCGGGAGUGUUGAAGAAAUCUACAUAUAAAAAAUAUUACAAUACCUUGAGAACUAUAUUUGAAUUCAAAAAAGAACUUUAAUGUUCUCAAAUCUAUAAAGAAAAAUGAAUCCGCAAACAAAUUUGGGUGUAAGGACACCAAUCCCUGUGGGUGUGCCAGCACAUGGCUUACCAGCUGGUGCGCGAAAAGGCUGCUUGCCAUUGGGAUUACCGCAGCCGCUGCUGUUGGAGGAGAAGAAAUUUUUGUUGGCAGUGGAGCGCGGUGAUAUGGGCAAUGUGCGGAGAAUUCUUCAAAAGGCCCAUCGCAAGCAUCACAUCAACAUCAAUUGCAUGGAUCCUUUGGGUCGUCGUGCUCUUACGCUCGCUAUUGAUAAUGAGAAUCUGGAAAUGGUUGAAUUGCUGGUGAUUAUGGGUGUGGAGACGAAGGAUGCUCUAUUGCAUGCGAUUAAUGCGGAAUUCGUGGAGGCUGUGGAGUUGUUGUUGGAGCAUGAGGAACUCAUUUAUAAGGAGGGUGAGCCCUAUAGUUGGCAGAAAGUCGAUAUGAACACGGCCGUCUUCCCACCAGAUAUAACACCACUCAUACUGGCCGCUCAUAAAAAUAAUUUCGAAAUUUUAAAAAUAUUAUUAGAUCGUGGUGCUGCCGUACCAGUGCCACACGAUAUACGCUGCGGUUGUGAUGAAUGCGUUCGCUUGUCUAACGAAGACUCACUACGUCAUUCUUUGUCACGUGUUAAUAUUUACAAGGCAUUGGCUAGCCCCUCACUCAUAUGCCUUACCUCAAGUGAUCCAUUACUCACGGCAUUCCAGUUGUCAUGGGAGUUGCGGAACUUAGCUUUUACUGAACAGGAAUGCAAAGCCGAGUAUAUGGAGUUGCGGCGUCAGUGUCAGAAAUUUGCCGUGGAUCUGCUCGAUCAAACACGCACCUCUAAUGAGCUGGCCAUUAUACUUAACUACGAUCCGGAGAUGUCCACGUAUGAGCCGGGAGAUCGUAUGAGUUUAAAUCGUUUGGAACAAGCAAUUACUUAUAAGCAGAAGAAGUUCGUUGCCCACUCGAACAUCCAGCAGCUACUCUCUGCCAUUUGGUAUGACGGCUUGCCGGGCUUCCGACGUAAAACGUUGCUGGAAAAAUUCUGGUGCAUCAUACAAGUGGCUGUACUCUUUCCGGUCUAUUGUAUGAUCUAUAUGUUUGCCCCGAAUUGUCGUACGGGUAUAUUGAUGCGUAAGCCGUUUAUGAAAUUUUUGAUACACGCCUCAUCGUAUUUGUUCUUCUUGUUUAUACUAAUCCUGGUCUCACAACGUGCCGAUGACGAUGUUAUACGCCUUUUCGGUACCGAACGCAUGCGAAAGGAGUUGGCCGAAGAACAGCUGCGUCAGCGUGGUAAAGCACCCACCAAGCUGGAGUUGUUGGUUGUCUUCUACGUGUUUGGCUUUAUGUUUGAGGAGGUGCAGGAGAUAUUCACGCUCGGUAUGAAGAGUUAUUUGCGGAAUAUGUGGAAUUUUAUUGAUUUUCUGCGCAACAGUUUGUACGUGAGCGUCAUGUGCUUGAGAAUCAUCGCAUACAUUCAGCAAACCAGCGAGAUUGCGUACGAUCCAAAAAUGGCUUAUGUACCACGCGAGAAAUGGAAUGACUACGAUCCACAGCUGAUCGCCGAGGGUCUGCUUGCAGCUGCGAAUGUUUUCUCGGCACUUAAACUGGUACAUCUCUUCUCAAUUAAUCCUCACUUGGGACCGCUGCAGAUCUCACUCGGACGCAUGGUUAUUGAUAUUGUGAAGUUCUUCUUCAUCUACUCUUUGGUUUUGUUCGCCUUCGCUUGUGGUCUCAAUCAGUUGCUGUGGUAUUUCGCCGAUUUGGAGAAAAGUAAAUGCUAUAGUCUGGCAGAUGGUUCGGCCGACUGGGGUGGCAAUGGAGAUUCGUGCAUGAAGUGGCGACGAUUUGGGAACCUCUUCGAAUCAUCCCAAUCACUCUUCUGGGCCAGUUUCGGUAUGGUCGGCCUUUCCGAUUUCGAGUUGACUGGCAUUAAAUCAUACACACGCUUCUGGGGUUUGCUGAUGUUCGGCUCAUACAGUGUCAUCAAUGUGAUUGUCUUGUUGAAUCUACUCAUCGCGAUGAUGUCCAAUUCAUAUGCAAUGAUUGAUGAGCACUCCGACACCGAAUGGAAGUUCGCACGCACCAAACUGUGGAUGAGCUACUUCGAGGAUAGCGCCACACUGCCGCCACCCUUCAAUAUAAUGCCCUCGGCUAAGUGGCUAAUAAGGAUAUUUCGCAAAUCGAGCAAGGCGAUCGAUAAGAAGCGUUCAAAGAAGCGCCAGCAAAAGGACCAAGAGAAUGCCUAUGAUAAUAUAAUGCGUUCGUUGGUUUGGCGUUUCAUAUCCGCUGAGCAUCGCAAGUUCGAAGAGAAUCCUGUCACCGAGGAUGACAUUAAUGAGUUGAAAUGUGAGAUUUCGACGAUGCGCUAUGAGAUUUUGGAUGUUUUCGAGAACAGUGGGUUGGAUUGUUCGAGUGCGAGCAAGCGUGAGAAACCAUCCCGCGCCAAGCGUAACAAAGUCUGGGAACGUCAGCUCAUGAAGGGCUUCCAAGUGGCGCCCGUGCAAGUGAUUCACGCCGAGGACAUUAAUUUCAAUGUGAAUGGCGAGGGAGAAAUGAGCGAAAUUCGAGUGGAGAAAGAACCUUCACGUAAUCUCAAUGAAACGCCAAUCGAACGCUUCCGACGUGUAGCACGAACAGUGGCUGCACAGUCGGCUACUCACAAAUGGACUGUAGUGCUGCGCGGUGUAACGAAGAACUCGCAAAUCGGACGUUGUAGUAACUAUCAUGACGCGGACAACUUGCAGAAUCUAGGCAAAGCGAUCGAAGAGGCGAAGCGCCUUAUCAUGCUUAGCCCCACCUUCUCGCGUCCCGGCAUGGAUUCGCCCAUACCAAUUGAGUUCGAGGAUGAAAAGACCUCAACUCUCUUGGAAUUGCUCAAUAAGAUAAGCGAAGAGAUUGACGAUCACUAUGACGGACCGCAUGCGCGUACCGCGGAGGUGAAAAAACGUGAGUUGCUGCGUGCUUACCAGCGUGGGCAAGAGCAACCGAGCUUCCUAAAGCAUAAUAAAGCAAAAUUUCCCUCAACAGCGGAACAACCAUCACAGUUGGCACGCGCCAAGACUGCGCCAGAAAUUCAGCUCAAUAAAUCAACGCAUGCGGCUACCACCAGCAAUAACAGGCCAAAGCAAAGUUCGAAACCCAGCAAUGAGCUACCACUCUCCGCCGCCAACUUAGCGAAGCAGACACAGCAGCAGCCAGUCAAGCCGCAAGCGUCUAAAGUGCAAGCACCAGGCAAAGCUGUGAGCUCCGCAAGCGUUGGCGUACCAAUGGCAUCUGUAAAGAAAACCGCUGCACCGCCAGCGCCGCCCAGCUAUCAGCAAAGCAGCAAUGCCGCUAAUGCGCCAGGCACACGUCACACGCCAUUUUCUGUAGAGUUCGGUUACUCGGGACGGCGCCCAGGCUACACUGGGCCCACCGCCAAUGCGAACUCCUUCGAUAUAGAUGUCGUUGACUUGGAUGAUGAUGAGCAAUACUACAAUUCGUACGACGAUAAUCUCUCCGAGGUCAGUUCGGUAGUGAAUAUGCAGCCGGCAUUUGGUGGUGCAAAACCCAAAGCUAGCCAUGCCGAGCUCACACGCGGCUACAGUGUGGAGAAUGAAAAGCAAUCCAAGACCACCAGGCAGAAAUCUGCAGAUAGUAGCAAUACUAGUGGUGGCAGUGCCAAUCGUUCAGCGGCGCCAGCACCGCCACCUGUGGACCGCAAUGGCAAACAGUGGAUGUGA